CCUGCUCGGUGUAGGGACGUGGCGAUCAUAGGAUUGGCUGAUAGGGCGAUGAGGAAGCAGAACAAAUCCGUUUGCAGAGCACGAGAGAGAAUCAGGCGAGAAGGCAUGUCGGUUCGGGCGACAGUGGAGACCGACUGUCGUGUCGAUAGGAGCGCGUUUGCCGAGUUGCCACAGAACGUUGACAGCGCAUGACCGACAAGGCCAGGGCUCAGGUAGACGAUAGCCUGGGCUCGAGGAUAGCAGCUUCAGCACGCUCACUGGCCUCGGAUGUCACCGCUAGCUCAUCAGCGACAACGUCAUCGACCGCUACCAAUGGCGCAUGGUCAAGUGAUAAGCCUCCGCCCUCGGCUCUGAAUGAUCGGCAAGCGCUUCACGGAGCACAGGAGCAUGCACAGCUGGGUUCUAGCAUCUCUUACGUCCAAUCAAGCGGGCCAAGACCCUUUGCUAAGCUAAGACAUACGAAUGACGAGCAAGAUUAUGCCGGCUCAGAUAUCGACUAUGCUGCCUUUGCCUCACCAGCAGUGCCUCACUACACUCAGCCAGAGCCUCUGCGCACGAUCGAACCUGCAGCCUACUACUCUUCGCGCGAUUACAGACCGGAAGAUCUGCGGAUAAGACCGGGCGACGGUGCGGCCGUGCUUGCUUUACUCGAAUCAGAGACUUUCGACGAUGACACUCAAGCCGAGCACACGAAUGCCGACCUUGAUAACCCACGAGGUGCGGAUGUGCAGUCCUGGCGAAAACAGCUGGACGAAGCGGUUCCAGACGAUCCUUUGCUUGACCUCACUCGGGAUGAACUAGACGCGCUGAGACUUCAACGUGAUGCCAAUCCGUACCUCUUCGAGUUGCUCUCCGGCGAUCGGUCCAUAGACUCGCGCAAGAGGCCGCCGCGAGAUAUCCAAGAGUACCUUGCGCUGCAUACGUAUACCGACGAUGUCUAUGGUCUGCCAGACUCGAUCAAGCGUACUCUAGACGAGGCCAAAGAUUCAGAUGCAUCUGACGAGACGCGCAACAAGGCUCUCAGACGGCUAGAGAUGCUCCGUCGACAUCUCUUUGCAACGAGCAGUCCUACAGAUGCGAUUUGAUUGACAUGGCGUGCAAUAGCGAGUGAGUGGGUG